AGACAGUUCAACAGAAUAAAAAAAGAAAUUUGUUAUAUGUUUCAAAAUUUGUUAUUGAAUUAAUUUAUUAUAUAAUAUAAUUUAAUCUGUUUGUUGUUUGGUAAACAAAUCAUCAUGGGAAUUCUAGGUUUAUCAAAAUUAAUUUUGGAUUUAGCACCUCAAGCUGUUAAAGAAAGUGAAUUAAAAAAUUAUUUCGGUCGAAAGGUGGCUAUUGAUGCUUCUAUGUGCUUAUAUCAGUUUUUAAUAGCAGUCAGAAGUGAAGGAGCACAAUUAACUUCUGUAGAUGGUGAGACAACGUCUCACUUGAUGGGCACAUUCUAUAGAACUAUACGUUUACUUGAAAAUGGUAUAAAACCAGUGUAUGUUUUUGAUGGAAAACCUCCAGAUAUGAAAGGUGGUGAGUUAACUAAAAGAGCUGAACGCAGGGAAGAGGCAGAAAUAGCAUUAGCAAAAGCUACUGAAGCAGGUGAGGCAGCCGAUGUUGAAAAAUUUAGUAGAAGAUUGGUAAAAGUAACUAAAGAGCAUGCUGCAGAGGCAAAGGAACUACUGAAAUUAAUGGGAGUACCUUAUGUAGAGGCUCCUUGUGAAGCUGAAGCUCAAUGUGCUGCUUUGGUCAGGGCUGGUAAAGUUUAUGCAACUGCAACUGAAGAUAUGGACGCAUUAACUUUUGGUUCUAAUGUUUUGUUAAGACAUUUAACAUUUAGUGAAGCUAGGAAAAUGCCUGUACAAGAAUUCCACUUUGAUAAAGUUUUGGAUGGGCUGUCAUUGAAACAUGAGGAGUUUAUUGAUUUAUGUAUCUUACUUGGCUGUGAUUAUUGCGAUAGUAUUAAAGGUGUUGGUCCUAAAAGAGCUAUUGAAUACAUAAAUCAAUAUCGAAAUCUUGAUACCAUUUUGAAAAAAAUUGAUACAACUAAAUACCCUCCACCUGAAAAUUGGAAUUAUGAAAAAGCAAGGGAAUUAUUUGUGAAACCUGAAGUUACUGAUCCGGACACAAUUGAAUUAAAGUGGACUGAACCAGAUGAAGAAGGUGUUGUAGCUUUUCUCUGUGGUGACAGACAAUUUAGUGAAGAUAGAGUGCGUUCGGGUAUCAAAAAAAUUAUGAAAUCUCGUAGUGGUAAUGUACAAGGAAGACUAGAUGGCUUUUUCAAAGUUCUUGGGACAACUCCUAAGCGUAAAGCUGAAGAUCCUAAAACUAAUAAAAAUAAAAAGGCUAAACCCAAUGCAAGUGGUAGAGGUCGAGGCCGACCUAAAUAAGUAACUGGUGUAGUUUAUAAUUUAUUUAUACAAUUUACAAAAAUAUUUCAAUCUAAUUUGUAUAUAAGUUUCUCAUGUUGAAGUUAUAUUAAUACUAUCAUUAUUUUUAUAUAAUAUGUUGAUCUGAUAAAUGCAACCUGUUUUUAU